AUGCCUGAAGACCUGUCCAAUUCCUAUAAUAUACGACCUAAUUUCAAGCACAAGUAAGAAAUUUCAGUCUUCAUUUAGACUUUAUUCCGAGCGAUUUGACUAAAAUUUAUCUUCUCUUCGAAUGUGUAUAUAUUUAAAUUGGUGUCUCUUCGUCUUGGCCCGAAAUUUCUUUGUUUUAUGCUGUGAUCAGGUUCCGUCCUGCUUCUGUAAAAGCAAUCAUUCAUGAUGUUUUGAAUGAGGAACUUUCGGGCAAAAAAUACAGCUCAGAGGAGGCGACUGCAUGGUGUAAACACAUCUCUGAGACAGUGAAAGAAAAACUGAAAGGUAAGUUUUGGAGUUUUGAAAAUCUGCUCUUUCCAUAAUUCAUGAGUGAGCAAUAGAUCGUUACGCUUUGAAACCCGAAUCUAUCACUGACAGCAACUUUAUUUUCUACAAUGCAUGAAAAUACGAUAAAAUGCAUCUGACAUUUACAACAAUGUCUAACAGCUGACUUUUGAUCUGUUUUUUGUGCCUGUUCUCCAAGCUCCGACUACUCUGAUUUCCAGGGCUAGUAGAAAUAUGUUUCAGCAACUUUGUUUCAUUUAUUCACAAUAAUGACAUUGUUUACAGUACACCAUUACUUACAAUACUAGCAUUUGUGACAAUAUGAACAUAGUUUAGUAACAAAUUACCAACAGAAGUGACAGUAGUAACAUCACUUUCAACACAAAAUUUACAGUUCUAACAUUUUUACUAGCAGUAGCAACAAUGCUUUGCCUCUUACAAAGUUAAUGGUAAAGCUAACUAUACUAACAUCAAACGGUAUAAGUACAUUAAAAUAUGUGACGGUAGCCUGCAAAUAAGCAAUUAUUUGAUAAGGUUGAGCAUGAUAAAUUAGAUACUAGGUUUGAUAAUUCAUAAUAUCAUGCAAAAACUGAAUUCGAUAGUUGUUUUAUAACAGUUUUUUUUAAAAGCACUCAGCCAUUUUUAGUUUCUCUCUCUAAGUUUGCAAAAGUUGGAGGCCACUUCACAAACAAUGGUCUACAAAACUAGGCAGACUUUGAACUUGACAUGAUAAAUGCAAUAUGCCCUGAAGAUAACACAUUUAUCAUGUGAACUUCACACUUUGUAUUGUAUAUUGAUUUAAUGCUCUUGACUAAUAAGAUUUUGUAUCAUUCUUAUCAGUUUAUUGUUUUUGUGAAGUUGAAGUGAAACAAAUAUUUACAUUGUAGAUGUUGCAGUAUGUAUUUGGUUGAAAAUUGUCCUUUUCAAAUGUUGUUUUGUUUUAAAUUUUUUUCCUCUGGGGCCUAAAAUUCCUUUAUUACCAUGGACCAUAUGACAAUUUUAGAUUGCCACAUGGUGACUUUAAAACAACUUUAGCUUAGAGUUCUAUGCAUCAAUUGCAAAAACGCUGUGUUCUACCUUAUUUUAAGCACAACAUUUUAAAAAAAAGUCAAACUAGUGGAGUAAUCCCUUUACCUAUUCAAUUUUCAAGAUUUCCAAGGAAUUUUAGGUGAUUACAAUCAGCAGUAAAUUUUACUGGUUAACGCUUGAAAAGGAGUACACUGAGAACUUUUACAUCUAAGAAAGGUUUAAAAUAAACAAUGAGACCUUUCAGCUUUAUAGGUCUGGCUCUGGUUGUUUCGAAGAGUGUAUAACACCAUCCACUGGAUAAAUCUCUAUCUGUUGGAUAGCACAACAUGUUUUGUUAACACUCAUCUGCUGGGUAGCGACUUAUCCUGUGGAUAGCAUUAUCUGCCUUGUGAACAAUUGGGCCCAGGUCUACUUGAUGACCACCAUUUGUUUUACACAGUGGAUAAUGGGAACCAUCCAAGGUUUUCUGAAAAAAAUUGAUUAGCAUUGAUUUGCCAUAAAUAAUUAGAAAUAAAAGCAGAUCACUGAUUAUAUCUUAGUUUGAACAUUUUUCGUGAAGUUGUAGGGUCUUAAUGUUCAUGGAUCAUGCUUUUUAGGUGUUAAUGUCUUUGCAAUUGAAUGUAUACAAAAUUGUAAAAACUAGAGGAUAACCUUUAAUUUAUUACACCUUGUACUUUAAUUUUAUGGCCAACUUUCAAAUUUCUUCAUUUUCCAUUUUUUUCUCUUCAUUUUAUUGCAGAACUGGAUUUGGACAGAUACAAAUUUAUUGUCCAAGUUGUCAUUGGUGAACAAAGAGGAGAAGGAGUGAAGUAAGUCUUGAAAAAAUUUAAUUUUUGUUCGCAGUUUUAUGUAAAUUAUCCUGUCAGAUGCUAAUUUGUGAUUCAGGGAGAAACAUGUUGGAUAAUGAGUUCUUUUGGACAAACUUCAUAUUUAUCCUUACAACCUAUCAUAUAUUUUCACUUGUGUAUAAUUGGUUUAAAUACAUCAUGUGACUAAAUAUUAGCCCUAGCUAAUACUGGGGUAAUUAUCAACAAUUAUAAUCCAUGAAAUAUUUUUGCAUGUGCACAAUUGGUCUACAUGUGUCAUGUACCUGCUAAAGCUGGUGGAUAUCCUGUGAUGUUCUCCAAUUUUCAAACCUGAUGUCUAAUAUCAUGACAAAAGGUUUUGUUCAAAAAAAUAAACCUCGAGAUGAAAGAGCAUUUUCCUGCUGCUGCAGGAGAAGGGGUAUAUUUUGUUUGUUCUGUAAGUGGUAUCAAAGAACACUGGAAAGUGAACUUUCCAUACAGUAAAUGCUAAGCUGUUUGUAAACAUUUAAACUCAAUAGCCUCCAUCAAAACAUGCUCAUAUAUUUGUCCUUGGACAUUAUCUGUUAUUUGCAAGGAAAUAGAGAAUGCUUAAUGCAAUAUUACAUGAUGUACUAAGCUUCAGGCUGCAUCAUCUGGCUUUGCAAGAAGCAGUAUAGCUGGCAAUUAAGUUUGGAGACUCACAAGAUAUGUGUAUAUCGAGGCCUAAUACUUAAUAGACAUCUGAAGAGAAAAGAAAUAGGUUUUUUUUUUACAAGAGAAUGAAAGAGAAUUGAUUUCAACUUAGAACCAUUAAUUCUACAACUUUAUGUAAUAAAACCAUUGCAGCUUGUUAAUUGAUUGCCAAGAAGAUAUUGUCAAAAUGGCAACUUUUGCUGCAGUUUUAGCUGUUGAAAUGUUUUUGAAAUUAACCCUUUAACUCCCAAGAUCAGGUUGUUAAUUCUUCCCUCUACAUGUAAUUGCCACACAUUUCCUUAUAAAUCAGUCACAGGAAUUUGGUGUUAGAUCAACAUAGCAAUUUCUACUUGAUAAGUCUGAGUAUUCUCAUCACAUUUUCGCGGGAUGAUGUGUGAAUAUUGUUGAGAUAAACUAUGUGUUAAUCACUUUGAGAGUCAAAGGGUCAACCAAGUGCUGGCAACUUGAAGUGCUGUACUUGUACUCUGAUCAAAAUCUGAAAUAGACCACAAAUCUUGUUCAGUCUAUACUGUUAACUGUCUGCAUUGCAUAUGUUGGUUACUUUCAAAAUAAUUUGUUUUAGCUGUUAGCUAGAAUUCAAGGGUUUGGAAUCAAUUCAAGUUAUAAUUUUCUGAGCUUGUCAGACAAAACGUUCUGAGACAAACAACAAUAGAGUCCAGACAUGGACACAGCAUUGAACAUACAAAAGUGCACUUUACAUUUAAAUUUGACAAUGCAAACCAUUUGCUAUUAUAAAAAUAGUUAAAUGACAGCUAUUAUGAUCUUUCUUGUAUUAUUAAAACUGGAUCAUUGGAUUAUGCAAUUCAAGGGUUUUCAUUGGCUCAGCCAUCAUGGGUUAUGAGCCACUGUACCAUACUUUACAAAUAUGGUCAGUUUAUGCAGUACUUACAAAAUAAAGUUGGAAAGAUUUAUCCACAUUUUGGGGUGUUUUAAAUUAAAAAUUAUUCCAAUCAUGCUUGUUGGAUAUGUGUUGAUCAAAGCAGGAACUUGUUGGUUAUCUAUCAUCUCACAUCCAAAAUAUACACCAAUGGAACAAUUGUAUAAUAGCAUGUGUGAAAAUUAAAUCUUCAGGGUAGCAUGUAGAUGCUUGUGGGACUCAGAUACAGACAAUUACGCACAAGAUAUUUUCAUGAAUGUGAGUACAUUAUUAGAAUUGAGAUGAAAGAAGUGGGAAGACUGUCAUGAGAUAAAUGUACUUUUGGGUUGGUAGUAAAUUAACUGAAUUAGUUCCCCUUUGAACAAAAAUAGCUUUAAGUUUGGAUCAUGUGUUAGUUAAAUUCAUAUUAGUGAGCUGGGGAGCUACGAAUUACAGCUGAAUUUAACAGCUAGCACAAAGAUGGUCCUCAUUUCAUAAUCUUGGUCUUGCUAAAAGCAGUCACAUAACUUGGUUAAGUGUGAACAGUAAUCAGUGAUGAGGGGUUGAAAGUAUUUAAUGGAGACAGACAGAGGAGACAAUUGCACAAUCUUUCACCUGCCAUACUUUGCUUCUGCCCAUAUGGUAACUAUUAAAAGACAUUUAUUUUUGCAUCUUUGUUCAUUUUGUUCUAACCAGCCAGAGUUUGGCAGAUGAUCACUCCUUUCAUAGCUUUUAAUUUAUCAUCACUUCUUUCCCACUCUUUCCCAGUUGGUCAGACCUUAUAGGAAUCACAGGAGACUGAGUGAGAGUAACAUUCUUAACAAGUAGUGGGCAGACCAGUUUAUUAUUUAGAGACUGCAGCUAGUGAUGUAAACUUUGUGACACUCGUCUCCCUUUGGGAGUUUUGGUUAAAAAAAAUGAUUUAUUUAAGGGCUGGUGUCAAUCCCUGACUCCCUAGGGGAGUUUUCCUUUGUUUGUUGUUCGUGUUUGGCGUCACCAAGUGCAAAAGUGACAGUUUGUCAAGAAUGUUUCAUUUCUUCUUUUUUAUUUAUGUUGUUCGGUUAUUUUGAGGAGGAACAAACAGUUUAAAAGCCUCACCUGGCUAGCUGGGAGUGGAGUCUGCAUUUUUUGUUGUAAAAAGUUUGUCAAUUGAGCCUUUGAGUUGUGGCUUGGGGGUUUGCUUCAGGCAGAAUGAAGAAUUAAGAUAGAUGAACCAUACUGACAAACUUGGUAUAUCUAAGUACUUUUCCAUGGAAUACCGUGUGCUUUUUUUUUGGGACCUUUGCUGGCUACGUGUAUUUUGAAAGACCAGAGCCAACGUUAUCUUGGUAUGUCUGGCAAUUCAGCAUGAAACUUCCACAAGGGAAAAAAUAGAGGGGAUAUGGCGAAAAGCAAAUUAAAAACAGAUGAGAAGAACCUCACUCAAACUUAAACAAAAUACACAUACGUAACACAUUUAUCAAUGCUUUAUCACUCUAAGGCCCUUGAGCAUGUGCACGAUUGAGAAAUCCUGACGUGUUUGUUGUUUUUGCAUUGCACAUCAAGAAAUUACAUUCCCUUAAAUUCUUGUGAAUUCAACGAUACAGCUUUGAGAAAAUUUUGUAGGAAGUACAGUUUUUCAGUAAAAGUAAGAUAGAAAUUUUUAUGACAUAAAAGAAAGUGUUUAGAGCUCAUUGUGCACGGUUAAGGAAGGUAAAUGUGCAGCGAACAAAACUUGCCAACUUUGUAUGUGACAAAAGUCAGAUAUGUGAGAAUUCAAAUUUGUAUUCCAAUUACUUACAAACGUUUGUCUGGGAUGGGUGAUAGUUCAAGUUGUGAGUCAGUGGAGAAGUAAACAUUUCAGGCUAGCCUCCAUUUGUUGAAAUCUUGGAACUUUGAGAAGUUUUGCACAACAUUAUGAAUCUUAUGAAUUACCAAGUUCUGAGUAACUCGCUUUGGGUCCAAAAGUACAUCCUGCCGGACAACAGCAAAGGUUAGCACUAAUCCUUGUCAUCCAUGGAGAGGUCGCAAUGCAGCAGGAUUUGUCCGUCUGCUAUUUGAGUCAGUUAUAUGUGUGUGUAUUUCUCUGAGCUUAGUUUUGGCCUGGUCUUUUCCACACUGGUUGCAAAACUACCCAUUAAUCGAUGCAUUUGAGCCCAGCCUGAAAAUUUACAGGUUACAAUUGAACUGUCGAUUUAUAAACGAAUCUUGGGCGAGACAGUUUUUAAAUUUGGGCAAUUUUAACAAACACUGGCGGUAAUUAAUGAUAGAGUCACUUAAAUCCUCGGGCGGUAGUCGUCAGAUGUAGCUGAAAAGACAUGCCUACAGUAGUUUUGAACUGUGGGGCGUAAUUAAUUGGAGCAAACACUGGCGAGACGCCUUCUUCUACCUUCUUAAUAUAACAGGCAACAGCAGAUGCCUUUGUCUAAUACUCCAGUCUACAAAGCUCGUUUAUUGUUUGUUUGUUUUUUUUUUUGGCGUCUCAAGCCACGUUGUUCCUUGACGGUCUAAUAAGUGUUGUGUCUCCUUUUUAAUUCUUGGAACUCGUCUGCCGACUGCCCACUGCCUCCGCUUAUUUUUCUUUUCGUUCCUGUUGUGCAUCCUUGGCAGCGCAUCAGCUUUGGUCUUACCCUCUGCAUCAUGGGUCUUAGUUUCCAUGCGAUAGUUUUGUGGGCGACAUCUAGUGUUUCCUGAUUCAAUUCAAACAAUAGCUUGCCCACUGCCUUUUUUUCGUUUUCUCGUCUGAUCUUGAUCAGCUCAACAUUUCACCUCCUUUUCACGUCUUCCUUGCUCGCUGUCAGCGAUGGCUUUUCAAUCUUGUGGCUUUUUGCUAGACAUUCAUUGCAGGAAGUUUUCAUUUUUGUGCAUCUACGUAAGCCUGCGCAAGCUCCUGGACUGUUAGAGCACUACGGUAACUAAUGAUGGAACAGUAGAAAAAAGUUAAUCUAAAAUGUGUUGUUUACAUUGUCUGCUAAGCUGAGAUCUCCGCCAGUUUUCGUUAACUCACGGAAUGCGUUUCCCGCGCGACCGUUGCUUGAAGCAAGUCAGAGAAAGCGACAAAGACAGUUUUCGCAAUGUAAUGUGCUCGACCCAGUAGCAAGGAAUUCAGCUACCUUAAAAUGAAAUAAUCAGCGUUACAACCAAAGGUCCACUGACCGCAGUACACCAUAGUGUUACCUGUGUCUGUUUGUCAAAAUGUUUUUCUCGACCCUUCAGUGUAAAUGGAAAGAGACAAUUUUUGGAGCAAAUUCUGGACUAACAGUGACCGAAUAACUUAAAUCUCUUAACAGUACUCCUUAAAUUAAAUUCAUUGAAAUUAUGUUUUACAUGACCCGCGAUCGUAAACACACAAAAUUUUGGAGCAAAUUCUAAGGGGGCAAAGAAUUGUAUAACGCAAAAUCCCCCAAAUUUAUUUCUUGAAUGCUGAGUAUGAAACCAGUUUACUAAUAUGUUUUGCUCGACCCACGCAUACUGCUAAAUUCGGACAAUUUUAACAGACACUGGCGGUAUUUAAUGAUAGAGUCACUUAAAUCCUCGAGCGGUAGUCGUUAGAUGUAGCUGAAAAGGUAUGCCUAAAGUAGUUUUGAACGGUGGGGCGUAAUAAAUUGGAGCAAACAAAGGCGGUAAAUAAUGAUAGAGUCACUUAAACACUCGGGCGGUAGUCGUUAGAUGUUGCUGAAAAGACAUGCCCAAAGUAGUUAUGAAAUAUGAGGCGUACUAAAUAAUGUUCCAAACUCUUUAUCCCACGCAUGAAUACAAUACUGUCUUGUACAGUUGCGGGUUUUCCCUCAUUUUCCUACUUUUAUUUAGCUGUUUCUUAUUUUUAGACCCUAAGUUAAAGCGUCUUCGGUGUCUUAUGCCCAGGAGGUCUGGAUACACUCAAUGACAGUCUUGUAUGUUACGUGUAAACAAUUUUUUUUUCUUGUAUUUUGAAUCAGCCUUUCUAUUAUGAAAUAGCUCAAACAAUUUAAGCAUGAAACGAAACUCAUGGCCUUAAUUUGACUUUUACCUCGACUUCAAUUACGGCAUUGUUCUAAGACUGCUUGGAAAAUUAACAGACAUUUGGAUCUGAGACAGAAUUGAAUUUUCAAGGAGAGGGAUAUAUGUAGUCAUUUACUGUCUCGUGUAGAUAAGUUCCGAGAAACAGUCUGAGGAGUACUUGUUUUUACUGCAAGAUGAAGGUAUAAAGAAAAACCGUCUUUGCGUGCAUGAUAAAAUGUUCGUGCCGAGUAAUGUUAUUAUUCUUAAUAAAGAAAAAAGGAUUUGGUAGGAAAGCAUUUGAAGCCACAUAUCGCUGGCUGCCAACUAAUUUGAGGUUGUCUGCAUUCUUUCAAUUUUACACUCAUUAAAAGCUGCUUAAGAUGCUUAGGCUGUUUUUCAAGUCUAAACACUAACAGCGUGGAUUAAUAACUAGCGGAUUAAAGGCUUUGACAUAAAGAAAAAACAGGCAUACAUCCGCUCUCCAUUUUCCCAGAAUUUAUGGUCCCAUGCAUGAGCUGAGUAAAUAACGAUAGCUGUGCAUAGUGGAACCGCAGAGGAGCUUUAGAAAAAUCCCUUCAUGAUCAGAUAGGCAUGAUUAGAAGUGACGGAUAGAUGAUCUGGUGUAUGGUAAUCAAACCUAAUUUAUCAUCGUGGGGCUUAACUUUUCGGAAGUUGUUCAGCGUCACGAAUGAUAUAGUCUGUAUCAUUAGGUAUACAAGCGGAUUUUCAUGAAAAAAAAAGUGAUAUGGAUCACCUCAGGGUGAAACAUAUCUUGCCUUUGAACGCCCUGGAGUGAUUACGAAGCGUCUGCUGGUCGCGAUCUGCACAAGCUUAAUUUUAUAGAGUGUUGCUCGUCAAACAUUCUCCGCAUGCACUGUUCAUUUUAAAGAUACAAUGUCAGAAGUGUCAUUAUUCAUGUUGUACGUGAUAACGUUUUUCUUCGAAACAGCAGGGUAGAGGAUCAUUUCUGUUUAAAAUCGAAAAGAAAGCAUCCGGUUUGUUCGUUUGAUUACAAUGUUGAUUUGAGUAGGUCCUUGCUGGUAACCCGUUUCUAACCUCCUCCUCCUCCUCUUGCUUUAACAGCACACUGCUGUAUUGCAAAAGCGUAACUACAAACCUUUUUAUAUCUUUUCUUAUACAGUGAACACCAAUAGUUUGCUACUCACCUACUUUUAUUUCGCUUCUUGCAUUUCCCUGCUUUCUCUUGUAAGGAACUGACACAGUCAAUCGCAAGCUAUUACGAGACUGCAGUCAUUUAACAUAACAGUUUUACUCCGUACCAAUUUUUUCGCUGUUAUUUUCAUGGGCGUUCUGUUAAUUAACCCAGUCUUUGUCAAGUUCUUCCUUUCAACAGAUAAUACAUCGGUUGAGUUAUUUUACUGCCCCGCGGAAAAGGUCUCACUCGUCGACAGACUUUGCUCUCUGCCCUAAACAGCUUCGCUGUGUUCUGCAUAAAUUACUGCCGAAUCCGACCAAACUUAUUUCGCAUGCUUACAUUUGAUAACGUAAAUUGACUGCGUGGCAGUUCUUUUUGGCUCCAAAUUCAUUUAUUUGUACUGAAUCAAGUGUCUAACCUUUAAAGUUUAUUGACACACAAUUUCUCCUGCACUGAAAAGCGGGUCAAUCAACACAUCCCCUUCUUACAGUCUCAAUUUCCAUCUAAAAACAAUCCAAAUCAGUGAAGAGAAAAUAUUCUUGGAACUUUUUGUUCCCAAAGCACGCAUUUCCGGUGAAAUUCAGAAGAGUUCUUCUUUUUAUGGCCGGGUCAAUUUUCGAUUUAAAAAAUAGCGCCCGUGUGUUCGAAAUUUCAUAACUAACUUAUCCUAUUUCGACCUAUUAUUACCAUGGCUAACAUAUCUGGGAUAUAUACGCCCUAAGCAUAGCCGCAUACGCAUUGCUCUACAACAGGGGUAUCUUUCUACCGUUUUUGAUAGAGAUUUUAUAGUAAAAUGACCUAAUAGUAAUUUUCAAGGAAGAGAGAACCUCCUUUUCCUCUCGGACGUGACCUGUUAUUCAGUUCGCCAGGCGCACCUGUGCGAAUAAUUUGUUGACAGAACUCGAGGGCAUAGUUUAAUGGAAACCAGGUUUGUUAGUUUAACUUUUGGCGAGUUUUUACUGCGAGAGAAUAAUGGAAAAAUCGACCGAAGAGUGUAAUAUUAUCUCGCAAAAAAGUACCUUUAGCACUGUGAUUGAAAUAGGGCCGUGCCCCCUUCCCAAACAAAGACAACAUUUCUUAAAAACAACUUUACAAAGCAGAGGUUUAAUUUGGACGCAUGAGUGCGUCUUUUGCCUUUUUAGCAGGUGUUUGUCGACCCAGCUGGAUUGUUCUAAUUGUGUUGUAAAAAUACGCUUUGUUUUCAUUCUUCUCUCCUGCCAAGCGGUUUAGACGGCGAGUUCUUUUGUGUUUUCGCAGAGCUGUGGUUUAUUGCCUAUUGGCGAUCACAAAUUUGGGAUUUUACAGUGGGCUUUUACUGCCAUUCGGCCCCCUUGUAGCGACCGUUAAUUGGAGUGUUUGUCUGGGCGAAAUUAACUUAGUUUCUAUAGUAGACAGUUUCCUGUGGUGCUGCCUGCACGAAAACACUAAAUAUCGCGCAGUAUUACAAUUUUGUUUAUCAGCCAAAAUUGUUACGUGACAGUACAUUUAAUUGAGUAGUGAACACGUUUAGAGAUGGAUGUGGGAACGACGCCUUAAGAUACAGUUCGAGAUAGGCGUCGACGGACAAUAAAAUCCUAAUGUUCGUAGCCGCUAGGUAAUUAUUGAAAUACUAACGCCUUGCAUUGCCCCAAGUGACUUUUUCACUGAUAUGUCGCUUGACUUGAGAUACCUCUUGCGUAACGAGCCUUUGUCCACGGUGUUGUUUCCCUUUUCCGUUCUUUUAUUGGGCUCAGAAAUGAAUUGUACAUCCAUUCUUCUUUCCGCGUGAUGUCUGAGGCAUUCGUGUCGUUUUUCUCAAGCGGUCCUUGGAGAUUGGUCAAUUAACUGUCGGCGUGGAGGGUUUUGCGGUAUUGCUGAGGAAGAAAGUGAAUUUGCAAGUUUUCGAGACGGCGUAAUCCUGUUACGGCUGGGCGAUCAACAACUGCCCAGCCGGCCACUGUUAUAUAAACACUGCGCGCGUGAAACAAUGCAAGCCAAACCAAGACAGGUGUGUUUGCUAAUAAAACAGAAUAAGAUGAAUGACGCAGCCUCUGUAUCCAACAUGUCUAUUUUUCUCACGGGUUAUUCCCACGACCUUACUUUAGGGUGGAAUUUAAUCAUCCUCUGCGGUUGGGGGCGAGAAACCGUCCUUGCUCUCCAUGUUCAGCUCGAGCAGUGUCGACGAGAUUUGAGCCUAUUAACUCUUCAUGUGGGUGAAAUAAAGAGAUAAACGAGGUUUGAGGUAUAGGAGAUAAUUAGCCCCAUUUAGCAAAAUACUUCGGUAUUCUUUGAGCGUCCCAAUAUAUUCUCGACUUCUGACGUAAAAGGUAAACAGUGGGCUUGAUGCACAUCAUGGUAAAAUGCGCAGGGGCGCUUGGCACCAGAGCAUAUCCUUAAGAAAUAUCCGCGCAUGGGGUUCGCCUUGCUGCGUGUUUUGUAUAGGUUUAAUUUGACGUUUUGUAUAUUGGACUCAGGACAUGAAACGCAAACACGUGCGUUUUGCGAAGACGCUCCCGCCACGAGGCGAAGCGAGCGGUGUUUGCUUUGAUUUGCGAGCGCGUUUUUCCUUGUGAACAGAUUUGUGGAUCACGUUUCCGUAAUUGCGGUGGCUAGGCUGAUGGUAUAAUCCGUUGAUUACUUGUUUGCGGAUUUUCAACCUUUUUCUGAUGAAAAAUCAACCCGUAGAAAAAUUGCCUUUUCCAAAUAAUAUUAUACUUUUAUUUCCGAGGUUGUUUUUGUCGCAGUUUGUUAUUGUUAAUCGAUAGAAGUUUCCAAAAACUUCUUGUGAAACGGAACAUUGAAUAAGCGUACACCUGUUUUUGCAUAUGCACGAAGUUCAAGAUGACCAAGAUACUCUGCUGCUCUCGAUCGAAAGAAAAAAUUAUAUGAUUAGGAAAAACGUAAUUCUUAACUCCAUAUUCAGUACAAUUUGUUCAAUCUGAGUCGCGUCGCUGUUUUCUUCCCCCGCUAAGAGCGAAAUCGGUGAGUUUUUUCUUUUUCGUUUUAUCUUGAUUUCAAGCAGUAUUCUUAUCUCCACGAUUACUUGUGAGAACCUUGUUGCAACUAAUCCUGAAAUUAAGUUCAUUGUGUUGUUAAACCGCGAUAAUUUUUUCCCUACUCUGUUAUUAAGUAUCAUUGUGUUUCUUGCCCGAAGGCCAACAGCUGACAGCAACAAUUAAUUGAACUGCGUGUCUCAAUUCUAUUCGCAUUUUAAGUUUGUUUCCGUACUCUGUUUUUUCCCCUACCCUGUUUUUUACCUACUCUAAGUCUUUCCCUUCUCUGUUAUAAAGUAUCAUUGUGUUUCUUGCCCGAAGCCAACAGCUGACAGCAACAAUUAAUCCAACUGUAUGUCUCAAUUCUUUGCGCAUUUGAAGUUUGUUUAGAGCUCUUUCUUUGUAUUCAAGCACCCCCGCUGCUCUCUUCAGACAACUUUCUGCAUUAUUGAACACACCUCUCAAUAGUUUGUUUUCCUGUUUGCGUUGCUUGGGAGCCGGUACAACUCGGAAAUUAAACAUCUCUCUCUUCAACUUUGAGUGCGAUUGGAAUAUCGACUCGCUGAUCAAAGGUUGAACUUUCUUCGGUCAAUCAAAUUAUUUUUUGAAUCCUAUUUGAAGACCUCAGCUUAUGUUGGUCCGUCGCAAAUUGCUUAAUCAUUUCGCCGGUAUGAUCAUUAUCUUGAAUUAACAGCCAAGGUAACAUUUGACAAAAGAAAACGAACAUUUGCAAUUGCAUAUUGCCCAAAAUCGCGACGUACAACUUUUUAUAGAUGCACACACCUUAUGAUAACCGUACGUUAUUGUUUAUUGCUUAGGAAAGUUAGACCUUGCUUCCAUCGUGAAAAAACAAGUCGGGGUAAUUCAUUUCCAUUUGAAGAACGUUACACGUGAGUAUGAAGGGCAGGUUAACGUUUUGUUCACAUCGUUAUUUCUAUGUGAAAGUAUUUCACGAAAAAUAGAUCAGAAACAAAAGAAAAGAGGAGUGUUUUCCGGUACACUGCUGUGAGCGUCUCAAGAAGACCAAAAAAGGAAUUGGUUGGAAGGUGCUUUUGCAAAGAGAUUAAAUAACAGGACAUAAAAUUUGGAAAAAAAUAGUGCAUGUCAUACUGCAUUUGAACCUCCAUAUCACUGAAAAUACGUAUCGCUGUUGUCUCACUACGAUGAUUUUUAUUUCAUAAGAAAAUCUCAAACAUUGAAAAUUUAUCUAUAAAUUUCAGUCGAUUUGUUGCGUUCAUUCAUUUUGGUCUACAAGCAAUUCCUGAGAGACCACAGCCUCUCCAAGAAUGGUUACCACGGUGAUGCCAUGGGGAGUAUCUGCAUUCUGUAUUUCAUACCGUUCUCAAAUAAAAAAAAAAAAGCUUUAUAUCUUAAAGACCUGUUUUUUUUUUCUGAAUUUGUAUUGUUUAGGCGGGAAAUCAAUCUCGAAAGCGUGCUUACACGUGCCCGUGAGCACGUGUCUCGUGAAAAUAUGAUGGUUUGUUUGUGAAUCAAGGCCACUCGUUCCUUUAUUGAGGCUGGCGCCAUUUUUCCUACGCGAUCUCUUCUGGUAGAUAAUGAGUUUUGGUUCACAUUAACUAGACACAAGAUCUCGUGGUUGUUAGACAUAACAAGUGUUGUUUUCCGUCUCGAAGUUGGCUCGGGGGCUCGUAGAUGUCGAAAUGUCAACCUGGGAAUUAUGUUUUUGUUACAUGAUAUUGUCAGUGCUAGUACUAUAAUUUCAAAUUUUUAGUAAAAUACAUUAGGAAGUUUAAGCAUUAUUGAAGUCAGGAAGAAGUAAAAUUAUCGGUUUUCUCCUGAAAUGUUCAGCGUCAGACUAACUGUAGUUUCACCAUGGGGAAUCAUUCCACGUAUUGCACUCUUUUGUUCGUUCCGGAAAGGGCUUUAAAAAUAUAAUCAACCUCGACCUGAACGAUAGUGAUACGUUUGCUGUACGCCUGCGGUGGUUUAUUGAGCUGUAUGAGGGCGCUGUUGGUGCGCUAUCAGUCCUGGUGCAAUUUUUUUUAGCGCUGUUAAUCUUAGAAACACAUAGCAUGAGUAAUAUGAUAUCUCUUCCUGUUUUUAUAGCAACUUAUUUUUCGUCUUCAAAAGCAAAAAAACCCUCUUUUAUAUGGCAAUCUACAAAUUAUACAAAUUGAAAGAAUGUUGCAAAGGAAGAAAAAAGAUUAAACAGUUACUAAGUACUGUAUUCAUUGAGUUUCAAAGACCACAUGUUCCUUUACUCUGUUGUAUGCAAUUAUGUGUUGCAAGAAAGAAAUGGGCCAAGUACGCAGUGCCCUUACUAUAGCGGAGAGUCCAGAAGUAGUAUUCAACCCACACACGCCUAUUAUCGAAAACUGAUCUGUGUUUGGGUACUAGGCCUUGACCUAGCGACCCUACAUCAUCUCGAGAAGCUACUCUCACAUGAUGUACGCCUUCCCUUGAGUAACUCGAGCUGCGUGGACGGUACGUGCAGUUUGCGUGGAUGUCGUGCGUGUCACACGCCCUGGCUCACCUCAUGAUAAUGCUCGUUCAUGUUGCCGCAAAUAUAUUCAUUUGGCGGAGCGCGGUGAACGUGUAAUUUAGUUAUAUUGUUUAUAAAGGCUUGUACCGCCGUAGCCGAAGGCAAGGCAAGCCUGCUUAGGCCGAUGUUGGUCUGUUUUACGAAAAUACAUCGGCCAUGCAAGCUGAACUUUUAGUUAUGCUCGUGAUCUUUUCUUUUCCCUGUGGGCUCAAAAGGAAGACGUUGCAUUUGGUGUCAGGCCUGUGCAUUGCAGUUUCGUAACAUCUCCCUCAAGUAAGGAUUAGGGCGUGAUCUAUCUCCGUUGUUUUAGCGGUAGAGGAAAUAUCUGCCAGACGAGAUUGCUCUGCGAAGCGACCCUUGAACUAAGUGCUUCGUUCGGCUUUGAAUAAUGAAUUUUCUCUGAAUAGGCAUUUAGAAAGCCAAGCUUCCAGAUCGUUCGUCAAGAGGUUGAGCCUAGGUUGGUACAUCGGCUAAUUGUUCUGUAGUGGUGCAGUUUAUAGUAAAAUAUUUGAGUUGCGAUUCAGCAAAGGUACAGCAACAUUGUCGCAAGCCGCUUUCUUCAGGAUCAAAUUUAAAGUACUCAAGGCUGUGAACUCUGAGUUAUAAUACUUUGAGUCUAGUUGAGUGGUAAUCUCGAAUCAUUAUCGUAGCCUAGAUUUCUACCAUGGCUAAGAAGAUAAGUUUAUUCUAUACAGUGCGCGCUCCUUUUGGCGCGCGCGGUCGUGCUUUUCGUAAAAUUUCUCAGUGAUAUUCCUUUGAGGGAUAAAAUUGUAUUAUGCGGAAGCAGCCUAAUUAAAAAGGCGGUGAAGUCUGCUGUCGGCGGGCCCUUGUCAUACAAGAACCUCUCUUUGUAUUCUUCAAUUGUAAUAUAUUUUAUAUUUUUGGAUUGAUGACGGUUCACAAGUGGGUACAAGUAUACGUACCGCCUCAGACAGCUCGCCAAGCCCGUAAAUUGAUGGUUAGCAACGUGACGUCAGCAUAGAACGUCAGCCCGUACGUGCGAGUUUUUAUCCAGUGUUCUGAUUGGUUGCGGGAAUGGCUAACUCUUUACCGAAUUGGGCAACGUACAUGAGAGUAAGCAACUUGUGGCAAAAGGCGGAGGCGCUUUUUGAGAAUACAGCUUCAGAUAUGAACUAAAAAAUACGAUCGUUUUAUUUGGUCUUCUACAGAAAGAUGCUUUGCUUUUAAACAGAGCAGUUUGCUUCAAGUACAUAACUUGUACGAAAAAAUAAAAAGGAAGAAAAAGAACCAAGUCCUCUUGCGAUUUGUUUUCUUCUGAAUGAUGCGUCUCAUAUUUCGUAAUCACGCUCUUGUUUGCUUGUUUAUGAGUUCCUCUUCGUGUCAGCGCUAUUGUUCCUCAUCAGGAACCCAUUAUUCUGGCAAAGUGCCACCACCUAGAUUGACUUACAAGCAAAACAGAGCACCCUUAAGUUACAACCCAACCAACUAUUGCUCAGAUGCGUUGUUAAUCAAGCAGGUGGCUGUUAGUUAAUUGCGGUCAUUUUCUAACUGAAACCCUCACUUUACUUGUUUUGUUCUCUCUUUUCAUAGGAUACGUUAUUUUGCGUCGUGGCAGCCUACGGUGUCUUCUACUACUGAGCGCAGUUGGUGACCUGCCUUGCUCCUUGUGGAUCUAUUUAAACCUUAUUUACACAAAAGCCUCACCAUUGUAAAUGUAAAUGUUAAUCUUGUGUACAAAUGACAUUUCAUUCACCCUGUUGAGCGGUUUUCUUGUGUUGCCAUAAAUUAAACAGCGGGGUGAUUUUAGUCAUGAGACUAGUGACUGCUCAUGUGUCAAUUAAUGCUUUUGUAAAGG